GACUUAAAUUAAGUUGUGCAGCCCUAGACCUGCGAACACUGGAACAGGGUGCAAACUAGACUUCCCUGAUUGGAUUUCAUUGAAUUCAUCCCCGUAGGCGUAGGUGCUAGAAGAUCCUCCAACUUUUCGAGACUACGUGCACGAAUAUCGAGUUGAGUCUGUUGUGCUUGGUAGCCAUAUUCAUGCACUGUGGAGGCUGAGGCUUUGGCCCGGGACAGAGUACACGAUGCUAUCCGUGUAGAGCGGCCGCUGUUCGCGCCUGAAGCGUAUCUUCAGCUGACUGGGGCAUGUGCUCAGAUGACUGUAUAACGAGUAUGUGAUAGAAUACAUGCAUUGGUCGUUGUUGUCUGCGUACCUUCGUGGCCGUUCACAGCUGAUCGGUCUUUGGUUGAUCAAGUGUGUGCCUCCGAGCAUGGUGUCUUGUCAAGAGUCUCUUCGAAUGCCGCGAACUGGCCUCAGCACAGCCGGUGGCAAGGGCUGGAUGGAGCGAAAGAAUGGCAACGAAGAAUGGCCCGCGAGGAUUGCCAGGAAGGCGAGGAGAAAUUGGAAUCCACAAAGCAAUGCUGAGUCAAAUCCUAAAAUGUAAAGCGAAGAGCAAGGCGGAAGAAGGCAGUUGUCGUCUUGACUCGUUUUCCUGCUUUGCCUGUUGUUUCGCUUCGGUCGGAUUCCUCUGUCAGUAGAAUGGCCAGACAUCAUCCUCCGCUCACACGCCGUCAUAGCGCAGGAGUGGAUAGCUACGUCAAUAAUGACGAGCUAUGCGAGACAUAUUUGUCCCGUCGCUUGGCCCCAUUGGCCCUGGCCGACAACAUGUCUAGUCGUCAAAGUGUAGCAUACUCCAGCUACUCGAGACGAACACCGACUGGCGAGACAGUCGAUGAGGGAUUCGGUGGGCGAUCCAGUCGUUGCAGCCUUGCCAGCGACGGGUCUUGGGGAUCCUCCGCCUCGAUUCCGGUCCGACGGCAGCGAAGGAGACUGAGUGAGGACGUCAUUGAUGAGAUUAUAGAACGCGUCCGCCGAAUACCGCACUGUUCGCAGUCACUGCUCGGAGUCGUGCACAAGAUUGCCCAGACGCACGACGCAAGCAUUGCGGACAGCAUGCAAACACACGAGAUGAUGAUCAGCGAUGGAUUAUGCACGCAGCCUUCGCGACCAAUUCGUCCCUCGCCAACAUGGCGCUCAGCAGAUCUACAGGUAGUAGAAGCACUACAGGAGCUAUACUCGCUGAAAGCCGGGGUGUUCGACUCUCCGGAUCACCAGCGCUGCACCAGGUCCGAAGCGGCCACCGUCACUUACGAGAUCGUCCAGACCAACUUCAAGCAGAGCGAGUACAUGGCCUACGCCACGGUCCCCGGUGGCAGCUGCUACGGAUCCCUGCAGGCUUGCGCGACGCGGGGAGAGGCUCGGCGCAGCGCCGCCUGCGUGGCCCUAGUUCACGCCGCGUGGAACGAGCUGCCAUCCAAGACACUGACCGAGGGCAACAUUGAGGGCCUGGUCAUGGCGGCGAAGACAUCCAAGCUGAAGAAGGCCGGCCGCUCGCCAAGCGUCAGCAGCAUAUUCUCCAACCCUCCGUCCCUGAGCAGCAGCUGUGCAGCCACGCCGACACACCUUCGUACGAAUGCGCCACCGCGUCUGCAAAAGCAAAGCUCCAUCUCCAGUGCCACAUCGUGUGUGUCGUACGACAGUGGCUGCUCAUCGGGCUCAAUCCCCGGCACACCCAUCACGCCAUGCAUGGAUAUGGAAGAAGCCAGCUGCCACUUGCCGGGUCCACUAUCCUCAAACUGGCAAGCUGUGGACAUUCUCCGCCACCUACUGAAGAUGUACUGCGGACGCACGGCCAUGGAGUUCCGCGAGCGCAUGACCGUCUUCCAGCUGAUGCAGUGGAGUGGAGACUUACAGCGGGCCAAGUCACGCUGCCUGGCAUUUGAAUCCGUCCUGCAGGCGUACCUUUCCACGCCCCUGGACGAGAAGCUUCGCACGUACCUUUCGAAGAUGUGGGCGAGGAAAGAGGGCGCCGAGAGAGGCAUCAUAACGCAAGCGCUGAAGAAUUGCCGCAGAGAGCUGGACACACUGCGCGUCAGCGGGAGUGAGGUGAGCUUUGCCAAGGAGAAGAAAAGCAUCCUGGUGAAUGCCUUUGCUCUGUACCAGCGGCAGCAGGCGACGGUAAGACACAGCGACUAUCAGGCUCCACUGCCGCCGCAGCUGGCCCACCAGCAGCAGCGCAUGUCGUCACGCGUGCAGCAGCGCGGUCGCAGCAGCAGUCGCGACCGCGGUGACUACACGUCUGAUUGGUACUGCAGUCACGGACAGUACUCAUGAAGUCCCAACACCCUGUCUUCUGUGCACUGUCUUCUGUGCACUGUAUUCGGUGCGCUGUCUUCUGUGCCGUAAUGCUGUGAAAACUUGAUCGCUUGAUUUCAGGAUGAUUUCGGCGCCUGAUUCAGUAUUAUUAUUAUAAAUUAUCCAUAUCACAUCUCAUGACCAGAUGCAGGGUUUCGCCGCCAUGGCUGUACAAAGCAAUAUUUAGUUGUGAUGAACACCGACUGGCAUAAACAAUGCGCACCUGCACAUGUACAUGUAUGUGCAGCUAGAGUUAGCAACGAAAGGUCGCAGCACUACCUAUUAUCAUUCAAAUGUGUGUUGUGUCGUCUUUGGCAAAACAAAGCUGUUGCAUGCAUGUACAUGUAUGUGCUUCAAAGUGAAUGUAGGACGAAUUUAACGCACCUGAUUCUUCAGCUAGUGAGACGUAUUGAUACUCGAAUUUUUAAUAAUGGCUAUUGCUCAGCUGAAUUCCACACAUCGGCUUGCUGUAGAGUUAGUUAUUUUCACAAUCUUCCAAGAUGAGACACCCUGUCUGUUAUUCUUACUGGUGUUAAACAAUACCUUUGCGAUCGUUUAUGCUCAAAAGCAGCACGACCACAGCAAUACAAAGCAAGAAUCAAUAACACGAGAUUCCAAAAGUGA